UUAACGCCUGAACUUUUCAACCAAACUCCCCUACUAUGGCAAUUGAAACUCACUGGCAAUCGAUUACAUGACACCACAAAUCUUAAAGAAACUCUAAAACCGCUGCCUUAUCUACAUAGGCUGGACUUAAGCAAGAACAAACUGCAAAGUAAUCGAGGCAGUGAGAAUUACUUCAAUACUUCCGCACUAUUAACAAAUUUCGGAUAUGAAAAUAUCGGUAUGUUUUCGGCUAUAGCCGAGAUUCUAAAUUCUAUCAGCAAAUUGCAAGCUGAAAAUUAUGAAGGAAGCAAUAUUAAUUUAAGAGUAAUCGAUUUAAGUCACAACCUGUUGAGCCAGUUUAAUAUGGAUUGGUUGGUGAAAAGCAGCGUUAAAUGCCUUUUAAAAAUAAACUUAGAACACAAUUUGAUUACAAAUAUAUACGCUUUAUCAAAUUUACUCACUACAACUGAUGAUUGUGAGCGCGAAAUCAAAUUGAGUGGCAACCCUGUCGUGUGCGAUUGCACAUUAGCAUGGAUUUACAAUGAUAAUUAUCAGAGGCUUUUUAGCGAUUUGCAGUGUAAUCAGACGUCAACCAAACAACUUACGGAUAUCGCACAACUUCGACGGGACGAACUGUGUGCUUGGCAACCUGUACUGUGUCCCAAAAAAUGC